AUGCCACUGGUGAACAACAAAGUUGGAGACGAUGUGGCGGGGGGGACAGAGAAGGCUUCGGCGGACGAGCAGGCGCUGGUGGAGUCUUUCAUGAAGGUGGUGGCAUGCUUCAGACACCUGGCCUCCUGUGUGGGUGGCUGCACAGACACCCUGCAGCUGAGAGACGAGCUGAGGCAGACGCGGGAGAAGGCCCAGAGUCUGGCCGGGGUCUGCUGCCAGCGUCUCACCGCCCGUCUCCGGGACAAGAGCUUGCCGGAUGAGGACCGCAGGAAGAUGGACCUCCUGUGGGUGGCCUUCUCCUCCGGGCUGGAACUCCUUCACGCUGACCUGUGCAAAGUGUUUGGCAUGGCCAACAUCUUCUGUCUGGCCAACGCCAACGUCUUUGUGCAGACCGGCAUGCAAGGAGGAGGCAGCGAGGUGGCGGCGCGGGCCCUCAGCCUGCCCGACCUGCAGGCCUCCAGCCCGGGUCCAGCGCUCCCGGCCGGCCUGGAGCCCCAGGAGACCAGCGCCAUGGAGCAGGAGAUCCAACGGGUGGACCGCAUGAUCGAGGACAUGGAGGCAAAGGUCAACGUCCUGCGCUGGACGGUGGAGCCCCGCGGCGGGCCCGAGGCCGCGGACCCCCUGAGUGGCUCGGACAGCGUCUCUGUGGCGCUGCUGUCCAUGGAGGAGGAGGGGCCGGCGGGCGGCGGGGGCAUGCCUCGCAGACACGUCUUCAUCGGGUUGCUGCUGUGCGGCGCGGUGCUGGUGGUGGCCACGCUCUCCAUCUGCAUCGUGCUCUUCUCCUGA